AUGCCGCUCGACAGAAUACCUGGGGAGGACCAGCUGUACAUUGGAAGUGCCUUUGUCCUCGGCCAACAGAAACUUCUCGACACCCAUAAUAUCACCCACAUUCUUUCCGUCUUACAAUGCACACCGCGUGACGAGCCCUCUGGUAGGAAGCGCCAACGCUUAUGCGUGGAUGUGGAUGACGUCGAGGAGGAGGACCUGGUGGUGCACUUUCCGCGGUGCGUGCGUUUCAUCGACAGUGGCUUGCAGCCCUCCUUACAAAAUGGCGACGCGGCCGGUGCAGUACCUGCCGCGAGCACCGUGGGCGAUGUGGGCGAUGCAGCUGUCGAUGCGGACAAGGCGGUUGCGCGUGCGCUUGCUCUCGUGCGCGAAGCACGGCCGAUGGCGGAGCCGAACGCGGGCUUCAUGCGACAACUGGCGCUCUGGUGGCGCAUGGGCUGCCCGGCCGACACGGACGAUGCGGUUGAGCGGCACCCAGCCUACCAGCGAUGGGCCUAUCAGAAGGACGUGCAGGAGAGCGUGCAGCUAGGACGGGCGCCGGACCGGCUCUGGUUUGGGGACGAGGCACAGGACACAGGAGCACCUGUGGACAUUGCAGGCAUUGCAGGCGGCACAGACAGCUCUGCCAACACAAAGCCGACCGGCUUCCAGCUACGGUGCAAAAAGUGCCGUCGCGUGCUGGCGGAACCUCCAUUUAUCCAGGCGCACGAACCAACACAACCACCGGUGGGAAACCAGGGCUGUCCACACUACUUUGUCGAGCCGCUGUCGUGGAUGCGGCCGGUGCUGGCCGAGGGUGCCCUUGAGGGACGCUUGGCCUGCCCCAACACGGUUUGUGGCGCCCUGCUCGGUCGCUACGCCUGGCAGGGCUUUCAGUGCAGUUGUCGCACCUGGGUCUGCCCGGCCUUCUCGCUGCAGCGUAGCAAGGUCGACCAGGUGGUGCACGCCUCCUCGCAACAAGGGGGUGCCGCGGCUGUGGCUGCCCGCUUCGGCAUCCGGCUGCCGCCAGGCAGCAGCAGCAUCAACAACACAAGAGCAGCAGGGGGCAAUCCAGUCCGGACUGAGAAUCUCUGA